CAGGUGGUAGCUAAGAAGUGAGCAGGAUGCCCCCAGGCAUUUACUGCCCUACGGAAUUCUGGUCCAAGGGGGAAAACCAAAACAUCCAGGUGGACUUUCUGCUGCCCACAGGCAUAUAUUUAAACCUCUCUGUGUCCUGCAAUGCCAGCUUGGGCACCAUCAAGCAGGUGGUGUGGAAGCAUGCUCAGUAUGAGCCCCUGUACCACAUGCUCAGUGACCCUGAGGCCUACGUCUUCACGUGCAUCAACCAGACAGCAGAGCAGCAGGAGCUGGAGGAUGAGCAGCGUCGGCUCUGUGACAUCCAGCCCUUCCUCCCGGUGCUGCGCCUCGUGGCUCGAGAGGGAGACCGGGUCAAGAAGGUUAUCAAUUCCCAGAUCAGCCUGCUCAUUGGGAAAGGUCUGCAUGAGUUUGACUCUGUGCAGGAUCCAGAGGUGAACGAUUUCCGUGUCAAGAUGUGCCAGUUCUGUGAGGAGAGAGCAGCCAAGAGGCAGCAGCUCAGCUGGGCAGCGUGGAUGGAGUACAACUUCCCCUUGCAGCUGGAGCCUCUGGCCAAAGGCCUCGGGCCUGGCCCUCUCCAUACCCCCACCAAGAACAUUUUUGUCAACAUCAAGUUUCAGUCUGGCGGGGAGAGCUUCACUUUCCAGAUCUCCCCAAAGGAGUUCCCCAUCACCUUAAUGAGCUAUGCUAUCAAGAAGCAGGCUACUGUCUUCCGCCACGAGACAGUGGAGAACCCAGAGGACUACACCCUGCAGGUGAAUGGGAAAUGUGAAUAUCUCUAUGGGAACUACCCCCUGUACCAGUUCCAGUACAUUCGCAGCUGCCUGCACCGAGGCCUGACGCCCCACCUGACCAUGGUGCACUCCUCCACUAUCAUUGCUAUGAGGGAUGAGCAGACCAACUGUAUUGCCAGCCCCCCCAAGAUGGUUGCCAAGCCUCCCCCACUCCCUAAGAAGAAGCCAAACUAUGGUUCUCUCUGGUCCUUAGAGCAGUCUUUCUACAUUGAGCUGGUGCAAGGCAGCAAGGUCAAUGCAGAUGAGAGAAUGAAGCUGGUGGUGCAGGCAGGUCUCUUUCACGGCAAUGAGAUGCUGUGCAAGACAGUGUCAAGCUCUGAAGUGAACGUGUGCUCAGAGCCAGUGUGGAAGCAGAGGCUGGAUUUUGAUAUCAACAUCUGUGAUCUUCCCCGCAUGGCGCGGCUCUGCUUCGCCCUCUACGCUGUCGUCGAGAAGGCAAAGAAGAAGUCCACCAAGAAGAAGUCCAAGAAAGCUGACUGCCCCAUCGCCUGGGUGAAUGUCAUGCUCUUUGACUACAAGGACCAGCUGAAAACAGGGGAGUGCUGCUUGCACAUGUGGUCCUCCUUUCCAGAUGAGAAGGGGGAACUCCUGAACCCCAUGGGCACGGUACAGUGCAACCCCAACACAGAAAGUGCAGCAGCCUUGGUCAUCUGCUUCCCCAGCGUUGCGUCGCAUCCCGUGUAUUACCCGUCGUUUGAGCAGCUGCUGGAGUUGGGGAGGAAUGGAGAACAACCCCGUGCUGCUCCAGAAGACCUUGAGGAGAAGCUGCAGCUGAAGGAGAUCCUGGAGCGGAGGAGCCACACGGAGCUGUACGAGCACGAGAAGGACCUGGUGUGGAAGAUGAGGCACGAUAUCCGCGACCAGUACCCACAGGCUUUGGCAAAGCUGCUUAUCAUCACCAAAUGGAACAAGCAUGAAGAUGUUGCCCAGAUGAUCUCCUUGCUUCAGACCUGGCCAGAGCUGCCUGUCCUGAAUGCCUUGGAGCUGCUGGAUUUCAGCUUUCCUGACCGUUACGUUGGUUCCUUUGCCAUCAACUCGUUGAAGAAGCUGACAGAUCAUGAAUUGUUCCAGUAUCUGCUACAGCUUGUUCAGGUGCUCAAAUAUGAAUCCUACUUAGACUGUGAAUUAACCAAGUUCCUGCUGGACAGGGCCUUAUCCAACCGCAAGAUCGGGCACUUCCUCUUCUGGCAUCUGAGGUCAGAAAUGCAUGUUCCUGCAGUUGCCUUGAGGUUUGGCCUGAUCCUGGAAGCAUACUGCAGAGGCAGCACCCAUCAUAUGAAAGUUUUGAUGAAACAGGGAGAAGCACUCAACAAGAUGAAAGCUCUGAAUGAUUUUGUUAAAGUGAGUUCUCAGAAGGCCACCAAGCCUCAAACAAAGGAGAUGAUGCAUAUGUGCAUGAAGCAAGAAACUUAUCUUGAAGCACUUUCCCACCUCCAGUCCCCCCUGAACCCCAACAUUAUCCUUGCUGAAGUUUGUGUGGAGCAGUGCACCUUUAUGGACUCCAAAAUGAAACCUUUAUGGAUUGUGUUUAAUAAUGAAGAGACAGGAGGAGGUGGAGUUGGUAUUAUUUUUAAAAAUGGAGAUGAUCUUCGUCAGGACAUGCUGACUCUGCAGAUGAUCCAGCUGAUGGAUGUCCUGUGGAAGCAAGAGGGCCUGGACCUGAGGAUGACCCCUUAUGGCUGCCUCUCCACAGGAGACAAGACUGGACUGAUAGAAGUAGUCAUGCAUUCAGACACCAUUGCCAACAUCCAGCUGAACAAGAGCAACAUGGUGGCCACUGCAGCCUUCAACAAGGAUGCACUGCUGAACUGGCUGAAGUCCAAGAACCCAGGUGAGGCACUGGAACAGGCUAUUGAGGAGUUCACCCUCUCCUGUGCUGGGUACUGCGUGGCCACCUACGUGCUGGGCAUCGGCGACAGGCACAGCGACAACAUCAUGAUCCGGGAAACGGGGCAG